CGACCCCAGGAGGACUCGGGAGGCUGGGGGUGGGGACAGCCGAGGUCGCGGCUCCUCCAGCCCCUUCCGCUGCCCCUCCUCUCGCCUUCCUCGCCCACUCUUCCCGGGCCGGCCCCAGAGGCCGCCGGCUGGGCCUUUCACCUUCAAGCAAAGCCGUGAAGUAGCGGGCGUUGAGGAGGCCUGGGGCGCCGCGCGCACUCCCGCCAGCCCGACCUCGCCUCGCAGACCCCGGGGCCGGACGCCAUCCCAGGGGCGAGGCCUGCGGGCCACACUCCCGCCUGCCCGGAUUUAGGGCGAGUCCUUCCCGGGACUCUGCUGCGGUCCGGGACGGGGAGCGUGGGCCGGGGCCUCGCCUCUCCGAGGGAUGGAGGGGAUGGAGGCGGCAGCGAAGCCUGCGCGCCGCUCUCAAGCAUCCAGGUCAGGAAGCAGAACAACCAGCCCCAUGCAUGUAACUCCAGCUGAAGCCAGAAAUGGUCCUGAGCAGCCAGACCGUGGACCCCUCCCAAGACCCAUGCUCUGCCCCCAGGAAGACCAACCACCUAGCCUGAUGGUUCCCAAACCUUCUGGGGCAUGGCCACUGCAGCUCCAAGGCCCUUCUGUGCUCGAGUCCAAGGUGAAGGCCUUGAAGGAGAAAAUGAUGGCAAGGAAACAAGGGGAAAAUCCUUGUCCCACUUCCUCUGAGUGUCCAUCCCCCACAAGAUCCAAGUGCCAGCAAGUCAAGCUUGAAGCAGUCUGGAACCUACCUGAGGGCUCUCCUCUCUCAGAUGCCCUGGUGAUCCCCCAUGUUCAGAACCAGAUAGGUGGGCAGCUAGACGGCAGUGUUAAUAAGAAGAAACCUGCCAGGAAUGGUGGAUCCAGACCAUCUACCCCUGGCCUUGAGAGCUGGAAUGGGCAAAGUCUGUGGUCCCCAGAAGAAAUGUGGAUGAUGGCUGAUCAUGAGGAAGGCCCAACACCAGGACCUGGCUCUUUACAAGAGAGACCCAACAGCCAUAUUUCUUCAGGCCAGCCACGGGGGCCUGGUACCUCUAAAACCGCCCACUUGAGCAGCCGGAAGAAGAGAAGACCAUACACACUUGGAGAUGGUGUGAUCACCGAGGGAGGUCUGGACAGCACAGCCCUGACCUCCAAGGAGGACUCAGUGCCCAGAACGGACCUGCAAGAGAUGCUCCAGAGAGCUAGUGGCCUGGAGGCGCUGGGCACUGGGACACAUGCUUUGUCCCUGUCUGACCAGGUGGAAAGGAACCGCCUCCUGCUGCAGGAGAUGCUGAAGGCUUCCAGACAGAGUCCUCCCAAGGUGGAAAGCCCAGACUGGACUCCUCCCUGGGUCAGGGCUGUGUCAGAGCGACCAGCUGGAGACGUGGACUGGGACUCGGGCACCCCCCUGCAAGACUCAGGUCAGAGCAGGACCUUUGUUCCCAAGCUGGAGCCUGCGCUGAGUGCCAGGUAUGAGGGAACCAAGCAUCUGAUACAGCGUGCUCGCAUGAAGGCCAGGACCCAACCGCUCCGAGCCAGCCAUGAUAUUGUGCCCGCCACUGCUCAGCACUGUGGAAAUGGCCAAAGAAGCCCAGUUCUGGAUGUCAGGAGAGCCUCUGCCUCCAGAGAGAGCCUCCAGAAUGGGGACCGGAGUGACUCCUCCAGUGUAGAGUCUGGUGAUGGGCAAUGGCCCAAGCAGGGAAUGCCCCUGUCUCAUGUCCGUUUUGAAGAUGAGUCUGCCCAUGAGGCUGAGUUCCGGUACCUCGAACGGCUACGGCGGCGCCAGCGUCAGGGGUUAAGCACAGUGCUACAUGCUGUGGGCCAGGGACCUCUGAGCUCCAAGCCUGACCUGAACAACUACAUUAAUGGUAACAUGGGCAACAGCUCAUGCCACAGGCCUGUGGGCUCCCUGGACCACAGUAACUUCCCUGUACCACCGUCUACAUGGGGCAGUGAGAGGAAGUGCCCAGCCUGUGGCAGCUGUCUUGAGGAGCGUUAUCCUGCUGAGAGGAGAGCAGCCCCUGACCUGAGGGUCCUCCAGGGUCUCCAGGCAGCCUGUGAGGCAGAGGCAUUGCUCCUGGGGCCCUGUAAUUCCCACAGCUUGAACUCGCCAUUCCCAGGGCUCCACACAGAAUGGAUCCAGGAAACACACAUCACAGACACUAUUGCCACACAUCCAGAGGAGAGGAACUCUGCCCUGGACAGCACCAAUGGUUCAGACAGCUGGACUGACAGUAAGGAUGCCAGGACCUCUCAGCCCAGCAGGGCAGGUGGGCAGGCCCAAGGCAGCAGCCCCCAACAGUGGCAGCAUGGCUCUAAGCCUCGGGAAGGCCCCAGGUGGUCCAGAAAGGCUGAGGUGGAGCUGCCCUGGGGCAUUCAGGCCUGGCCUCACCUACAUGAGGUUGGUGAUGUGGUUGUGGCAGGGGAGGUAAAAGGAGCCACAGGACACAUACCACAAGGGACUUCAUUGGUAAAUGAAGAUGCUGUGCCUAAACCUGCCUUGGAAUCUAAGGGGCCUUGGUCCCAGGGGCAACUUGGAGCACAGUUAGGAAAUCACUGGGCCCACCCUGAAACCUCUUGGACUCCAUGCAAGACAGCUUAUGCUGUGUCGUUUUCCAAGAAACUUGGGUCCUCAGGGUCAGGCCAACCAGACCAAGUUGCUGAAAUCCACGAGUCUCCGGAAACUGUAUGCACUUCUUCCAUCCAACAGAGCCACGAAGAGCCCUCUGCCCCUCACCCAGCCCUCCAGCCAACUUUGCCCCUCUCCCUUGAAGGCUGGGUGCCAACCCCUCCCUCUUCAAGGAAAUCCCUCUGUCCAGUGCCUCCGAAGAAGUCAACCUGGACUGGACAUCAUGGGCAGGAACAUCCGGUGGAACAUAUGGAUACCCCCCUGCCUCUGUCCCCUUCAAGAACUUUGGUUCUCACACCACCCCAGCCCUGCAGCCCCCGUGUCAAGCAUCCACUGCUGGGCUUGUCCACCAACAACUACAACUACAACAGCAGUGUCCCUCUGGGGCUACAGGAGCCCUGGGGAGCAACUUCCCACAAGAGUAGAGCUGAGAUGGACCACCACAGCCAGGAGCCUGGACUGCCCCUGGAGAGUGAUAGAGAUGGAACACCCCAGGACUCUCUCCAGUCAGCAGAUGCCUUCACCCUCUCCCUCACCUCAGAGGAGCCUGAGUGCAGCCCGGAGCUGGGAGGAGAGCUACACAGGACAGAAUCCAGCUCUGGAGGCCACAUGCCCACUGGAGUAUCACCCGAGGCCAGUGCAGGGCACAAGCUGCCCUCUUCUGCCCAUUCUGAUGGGAACAAGAAAAGGAGGAGUAGUAUCACCUCCACCCUGGGCCUCAAAAAACUCCUCUCAGCCUUGGGCCACAGCCCCCGGCCCAGACUUGGCACAUCCCGAAGCUACAGUGUAGAACAGCUGCAACCCUCAGCACUGGCUCCCCAUAGCAGUACCUCCAAAGUGAAGAGAGCCCCGUCAUUACAAAUCCUGCAUCUGGUGUCGCCCUCUCAUCAGCAUCGGAAAGCAACUUCCUUUCAGAACCUCCAUUCUCUGCUAGGGGGCAAGGGAGACCGGUCCAGCCUCUACUUGGUAGAGGGGUCAGAGGACUCCAGUACACCGAGCAGGCCGGCCAAGGCCUUUCCCCAUCGGGCACUCAGUGUGGAAGAUGUGAGUGCUCCUAGCCUGGCUCGCACCGUGGGCCGUGUGGUGGAGGUGUUCCCAGAUGGCACGAGUCAGCUGCAGCUGCAGCGACCCCCAGAGGGCACUUUUGGUUUCUGUGUGGCCUACGGCAAUGGCCGUCGAGAUUCAGGACUCUAUGUGCAGGCCAUGGCUGACCUGGAUACUGCCAAGCUGUACUCGGGGCUGCUUGGGGUGGGGGAUGAGAUCCUGGAGGUGAACGGGGCCAAAGUUGCUGGGCUGGGUUUGGCUCACAUCAAUAAGCUCCUGGCUCGUGUGGAGAGCUUGUCGGUUCGUGUCUUGAGACAGAGACCUGUUCCCCAGUGACCCGGAUGUAUUGUUGCUCUCACUGGUACUCCCUUAGAAGCCCCAACUCCCACACAGCAAAAGGGGCUGAAAUAUACCGCUCAGAGAUAA